AUGAAUCUAGAGGAGUUCAACGCGCUGGUGAAGCAGAGAGAUGAAAUCGAGCGGGAGAUGAAGGAGAACAUGGACUUCCUAGAAGCACCAGAAAACAAAAGCGUGGGUAUGAAGGGCAAGCUGGUAGACCCAGAAGGUUUCCCCAGAAACGACAUUGACAUAUAUAGCAUCCGAGUUGCAAGGAACAAAGUCAUUUGCUUAAAAAACGAUUACCGAAAUGUGAAUAAAAAAAUCGAAGAGUACCUCCAUAAGGUCCACAGUUCCCACCCCCCCAUACGAGUACAGAGGAGUAAAACGAAGGACGAACAAGCAAAUGACCCUAAUGAUUCUUCUUCAGAAAGUCACGUAGAAGAUUAUGAUGAGUCAGCACCAGGUUAUGAACAGCUAAUUGAAGAAGCUAAAAGAAGUACCUUUGCCAUGAUCGAUGAGGUGGUGGAGAAUUCCCCUUCACACAUGGCAGGGCUACGAAUCAAUGACUAUGUAAUUCAGUUUGGUGAUGUAAGAAAAGAAAAGAAAAAAAAUGAUGAAGAGCAGAAUGAAAAGGGAAAUGAAAAGGACAAUGGAGACAUCUUCAAAAGAAUAGCAGCUUACAUGAGUAACAACCCCAGUAGAAUUAAAGUCAAAAUUCUGAGAGAAGGGAAGAUUUUUUUUUAUUUUGUUUUUCCCAGUAGGACCGCCAAUGGGUUAUAUAUUGGUUGUCACCUGACGCCAACCAGGCAGGUGUUAGUGUAA